AUCAACCUUACUCCGACACAACCUUGUUCCUUGUUAGAAAGUCGCUUCUCUUUUUGAAGUGGUUGUCAAAACUUUGACGGUAUGGUUAUUGUAUGUGUCAGAAAAUAGUGAAAAUUUUAAGUUAUAAUGAUUUUUUUUCGAUUAAUUAAAGUUAUUUAUUGUAAAUUACUUUAGAAAUUAAGCAUAUUGGAUAACUAAAUAGAGAAUCAUAGGUUAUAAGAACAAUGCCUGCUCCACCCCCACCUCCAACGCUGGCUCCGGCCGCGCCGCCUCCCCCGAUGUUCAAUUCUUCAAAAAAUAGUAAAAGUAGUAGUUCUGUAGAUCGAGGUGCUUUGUUAAAGUCUAUCCAGAAGGGAGCAAAAUUGAAAAAGACAGUUACAAAUGACCGAAGUGCCCCAGCAUUAGGAGGUUCUUCCAAUAAACCAUCAAAUGGCAGUAUACCUGGAGGUAUGGGUGGUAUGCAAUUACCCAAACUGCCCAUUGGUGGCAUGUCGGGUGGCAUGUUAGGUGCCAAUCUUAGAAAUGGUAAUUCUAGUAGUGGUGGUAGUGUUUCUCCUGUUAGUCCUUUAGGAGGUAUGAAAAAUUUUGGAAGUAUACAGAUGGAACUGAAAAAGCAAUUAGCAAAUGAUAACAGAAAUAGGGGACCGCCUCCACCGACACCAACGAGAAAUUUUCCACCAGAUACUGGCGGACGGCAAAUAAUUCAACGAGAAAACAUAACCAACGGCCUACACAUGAGUCAGCUAUCCUUAAAUUCAAACUCUUCUUCCAAUAUUAGCAUUAAUCAGAGUACUUUACACAGAAAGGCGAAAAGCAAUGCAAAUUUAAGCUCAUUGGACACAACUGAUAACAGUAACGGCCUUCGACCCUUUAAGCCUGUGAUCAAUCAUGGAAAACCCAAUUUGGCUCCAAAACCACCUGUUUUAAACGGCAAACCAAAUUCAUUACAACUAAAGAUUACAAAACCCGUAAGUCGAGCCCAUAGUUUGAAGUCUCCCCGAUCGCCUUCUCCGCAAAGCCCUGAAACGAAUCAAAUGGCCAAAUUUGGAACGGUCAGGCACAUGUCUUCCGUAAUUAGCCAAUCGUUGGCGAAUUCUUCCCCACAAAAUGCCAGAUCCAGGCCUGCACUGAGCACCAGGCCGACAGCUCCACCACCGUCGAUACCAGUUCCAGCGACGCCCAAUCAUCAAUCACCGUCUUCUAGUCAUACGCCGAUUCCACCAAAAGUGAAUAUGGUGAAACCGAACCAUGCUCCUCCACCUCCUCCUCCUAUUGUACCCCAGGCGCCUAGUCACGCUCCGCCUCCACCACCUCCACACAAGAUGCAGUUGAACAAAGCUCCUUCGACGGGUUCAAAUCCACCCUCCCCACCACCCAGGCAUUCAUCCAUGAGCAAUAACAACGUACCGAAAAGAAGUAGAAAUUUUGACGAGAAAUUCAAACAGAUGUUUCACAAUUCGAACGAUUUUCCCUCGCCCCCUCCCUAUAAAAAUGUUAUUAAGUUGUACAGCUCAGUUACUAUUAAACCAGCACCUGUUAAACCUGUUACAGUCGCUUAAGAUUAAUUUUAAUAUUACCAAAAAUUGUUUGAUAUUUGUUAUUAUUAUUAAUAAAUUAAUAGGUUUAAAAGUAAA